AUGCAAGAAGGAACAAGCAGUGCAAAACUCACAACACAUCUAAACAAAAAAUCAAGAACAAUGGCUUAUGCUAGGCUUGCUCCUUUUGCUGUCUUCUUGCUUGCCACUUCCAUAAUGUUCCCAACGAAGAUAGAAGCAGCAGAUUGUAAUGGUGCAUGUUCACCUUUCGAGAUGCCACCGUGCCGCUCAAGUGACUGUCGUUGUGUCCCUAUUGCACUAUUUGUUGGUUUCUGCAUACAUCCAACUGGACUUUCAUCUGUUGCGAAGAUGAUCGACGAACAUCCCAACUUAUGUCAAUCUGAUGAUGAAUGCAUGAAGAAAGGAAGUGGCAAUUUUUGUGCUCGUUACCCUAAUAAUUAUAUCGAUUAUGGAUGGUGUUUUGACUCUGAUUCUGAAGCACUGAAAGGCUUCUUGGCCAUGCCUAGGGCAAUCACCAAGUAAUAUGGUGGGUAUGCCAAAGUGGGCAUGCUUGAUGCAUCUUCUACUACUUAAAAAUAAAAGCUUAUGAUGCAUCUACUGCUUUAAACAAAA